AUGAAUACACACGAAGCCUUAUCGAUGCAGAUACGAGAAGAAGCUUCUCAGCUAUCUACUAGAGAGGAAAUGAUUUCCCAAGUGAAAUCAUGUUUGCAUUUAAAAAAGGGCGUGAAACUUUCUUAUAUCAAGAAUAACGCCCGGACUCUUCGUGACCCAAGCAAGCACUUAUGCCUCCUUUGUGCGGUCGGUUCAAGGACGAAUGAGGAUUAUGAACUAAAUAUUUGUACUAAUUGUGGCUAUUUAUUUUGUGCCCACAAUGAUAAUCAUUCGCUAACUCACUAUAAGAAAAAUAACAAGCACUCUGUUUUCGUAAAUAUCAUAACACUGAAAAGCUUCUGUUAUGCAUGCAACAUGGAGGUCCUUCCCUUCGACAAAAAGAACAUGGUAAUUCGAGACGUUUCUCAGUUUAUCCGCACCAACCUUGUCUCUUCUGUUUCCUCUGAGCAACAAGAUAUUUCACCAGAUACUUCACUAAAUGCAAAGUCUCAGGAAAAAUCAUCCACUUUUUCGAAACAUUUUUUCAAAUCCUCUUCCUCUCCAAAGCUGCAUAUCAUUCAUCCUGGUUUAAAAAACAUGGGUGCAACAUGCUACUUUAAUUCUGUUUUGCAAGUCUUAUCUUCAUCUGAACACCUUCACGACUGUAUUAGUCGGCAUCCUUUCCAUCCAGAUAGGGAUCCAAAGUUACAUUUCGAAAAUCAUUUAGAUUCUUCGUUGCUUUCCUCAUUUGUAAGGUUUAUGGAAUCCUUUUACAAAGCGGACGGAUCCGUAACCGUUUUUCGCCCAGGAAUUUUAUUUAGCGAAUUUCGAUCCCGUCAUCCUCAGUUUACUGAGGGAGUUCAACAGGACGCGCAUGAACUUCUAAGGUACUUACUUAAUGAUUUAAUAAAUGAGGAAAAAGAAGUUGCUAAAGCCGCUAACAAUAUUGAGCCACCUUUGCUCCAAUCGCAUUCAAAAGUUCCUUCUGAGAAUGGACAUCAAUCAAACAAUAACCAUAAGUCUGCCAGUCCUUUGGCUACUCCUAUAAAAGAGGACUCCCCCAUUGUGGGCGCUAAUUCUGCUUCUUCGUAUACACAUUCCCCUAGUACUUCUCCUAUUCCUUGUGUAAGCAAGGAGGAUCAUUCGUUAAAAAAAAUUGACUCUAUUCAAUCAAGCAUUGUCAACAUAAGUGAAACAAAGCCAGACGAAGACUUCGUCAUAACUGGUUCCAACAAUCCUUUCAAAAGGGAUAAUAGACGAGAUUUUAACCUUCACUCGCAGGAAGAUUCCUCCCAUGAUGGAAUUAACAAGAUAAAUAAUCACUCUCCAAAGUUUGACAAGUCUGCAGCAUCUUUUGCAAAUGAUUCUGAAGUUUCGAUGAUUCUAGAUGAAGAUUCUGCUCAUACAGUGAUAGAUUCUUCAUUCACAGGUCGCCUUGUAAGUCUUAUUUUAUGUAAAAACUGCAAGGAAGUUAGCAAAAGCUAUGAGCCUACACAAGACUUCUCUUUAUCUAUACAUGCGCAUUCAAAAAGCUUGAGCAAGCGUCAUCGCUUACAUCGUGCGCUGCGGUCUCGUUUUGGAAGAUCACCAAAGAAACCAACUGGGGUACCAGACGUAAAAAUUAUAAUUGAUGAUGUUAAUCCUGAAAACGAAAAAAAUAAGGCUGAUGACUCCCAGGGAGAUAAGUCUGAGACGCCUAAUGAACAUUCCGCUGAGGAUGAAAAAUCAGCCGGUAGUUCAUAUUUUCAAAGUUUUCGGAGGUUGAGUAAUCGAUCUAAUUAUUCUCGUCGGUCGCAAAAACAGUCUAACAAUUUAUCAUCUCUCAUUUUUCCAGAAUCAAUGAUUGCCAAUAGUUCUUGUAUAAAUGAGCCAAAUACCAUUGUUGACUGUUUACGCAACUUUACUCGCAUAGAAGAGUUAAGUGGCGACAAUAUGUUUGCUUGCGAGUCUUGUGGUCGUAGUUGCGACUGUAAAUCUUCCUCUAAUCAUAAUAGUGUAUCGCAAGAAAACACUGAAGAUGAAAGUGCUUGCGAUUGUUCUGUGGAUUUCACUUAUCGGGAAGCUUAUAAGCGACUCUUAAUUGAUUCACCGUUACCACCCGUGUUUGUGAUUCACUUGAAGCGGUUUCAUCACUAUUUUUCGGCUGAUGGAAGUUGCGAUCCAAAAAAAAUCACUGGGUUUGUACAGUUUGACCAAGAACUAGACGUCAACGAGUUUGUUAUGCCCACGCUACAAUCAUUAGAAGGGAAUAAGUAUAGAUUGUUUGGUGUCGUUACCCAUUCAGGGACAUUGAAUUACGGCCAUUACGUCGCUUAUGUGUUGUCUCACAAGCAUGUUCCAGCGGAUAGGUCUGCGUCUCCAACAUCUGAAACGCCGGAAUCUGAAACAGAACCAGGAAGCAAAGAACGUCAAUGGUUAUACAUAAGUGACAAUAUGGUCUCGAAAACUACCUGGGAAGAGGUUUCUAAGGUGGAAGCUUAUAUGCUUUUCUACGAAAAAAUAAAAUGA